AUGCACAGCUUGCUGCAAUGGCCCCACCGCAUGCUCAGCUCGAGCAAGCCUGAUCCAUCAGGCAAGGCCGAGCAUCAUAUGGGCGCGUAUGGCGAAAGUCUUAUCCUCAGCAGAUGUGCGAGUCCAGGCUGGAUGAGACGCAAGCCUCAGUACCGCAUGCACAGCUUUCUGCAAUGGCCCUACCGCAUGCUCAGCUCGAGCAAGCCUGAUCCAUCAGGCAAGGCCGAGCAUCAUAUGGGCGCGUAUGGCGAAAGUCUUAUCCUCAGCAGAUGUGCGAGUCCAGGCUGGAUGAGACGCAAGCCUCAGUACCGCAUGCACAGCUUUCUGCAAUGGCCCCACCGCAUGCUCAGCUCGAGCAAGCCUGAUCCAUCAGGCAAGGCCGAGCAUCAUAUGGGCGCGUAUGGUGAAAGUGUUAUCCUCAGCAGAUGUGCGAGUCCAGGCUGGAUGAGACGCAAGCCUCAGUACCGCAUGCACAGCUUUCUGCAAUGGCCCUACCGCAUGCUCAGCUCGAGCAAGCCUGAUCCAUCAGGCAAGGCCGAGCAUCAUAUGGGCGCGUAUGGCGAAAGUCUUAUCCUCAGCAGAUGUGCGAGUCCAGGCUGGAUGAGACGCAAGCCUCAGUACCGCAUGCACAGCUUUCUGCAAUGGCCCUACCGCAUGCUCAGCUCGAGCAAGCCUGAUCCAUCAGGCAAGGCCGAGCAUCAUAUGGGCGCGUAUGGCGAAAGUCUUAUCCUCAGCAGAUGUGCGAGUCCAGGCUGGAUGAGACGCAAGCCUCAGUACCGCAUGCACAGCUUUCUGCAAUGGCCCUACCGCAUGCUCAGCUCGAGCAAGCCUGAUCCAUCAGGCAAGGCUGACUAUCAAUGCCUGAGAUCUCCUCUCGACCUCGAGCAUCAUUUGGAAGCGUUUGAAAGUCUUAUCCUCAGCAGAUGUGCGAGUCCAGGCUGUACACGACGGGAGAAACUCCGAGUGGACAAGGGUAUGAGUCACAAGCUCACAGGGAGUGGCGUUCUCACUGAGGACUACAUGAAGAGGUUUAACGCUGCGGUCGACGCCGCCUGCAAUAAGUAUACCAAACGCUUGGAGAAAUGCCAUGAUGAGAGUGGCUUGACAAUCAGUCGAUUGGCUGCUAAAACUCAAAACAUAGAAAAAGUAACAGAAUUCCAAGCCGACCUGUGCGUGAGCUUUGACGAGGACACGGAUCUUGAAACCAUCUUCAAGGACGUGAUCGACCAACCCGCUGCGGACGUGAAGAUAUUCGGACAGCCUGGAGUCUCGUAUGAGCACUUUGAGAUUAGAAAGGGGGAGUACAUCUGCUUUGAGAUCACGGAGAAGCCAGGGAAGGUCUUUGAGAAGCUGUUCCAGGUCAAUCGGCUGUACAAUGUAUUGAAGGACGACAUGAUUGGUGCAGACACAAAGAUCGCGGCGAUGGGCUUGUUGAUGAACGGCAAGAGAGAGGAGUUUGAGAUAGUCAGUUUGUGUAUGAGGGAGUUCUUUUCUCUGGCUUCUGACACCAAGUAUGAUCUGGAACCGAUGGUGGAACCUGCCAGGAUACCGUUCUUUUUGAUGUACACUCCGUACAGGAAUAUCUUUGGAGUCAUGCAGGAUCUGAAGAACACGGUCGACAGCAAGUUCGAGAAAAUGGACGGCAAGUUCGAGAAAAUGGACGGCAAGUUAGAUGAAUUGAAUAGGACGAUGGGGCUCGUACUGAAGCAUCUUAAUAUCGUACCAUAA